AUGGGGGUACUGCAAGCUCAAGCGCCACUUGGGAAAUGCCCUCGCAUGUACACCUUGGGGAGCCAUCGCAAGAGCCCCAUCACGAGCAGAGGGCAGUCACAAGGGUAUGUAUCGGUAGCGCGAGUGUGCGGGGGCUUCUGGGCAGCAACCUUCAGUCUGAUCCCCAAAACGUGCCUUCAGGGAGUUGUGGCAGAAGGAGUGUCCUGCAAAGGCCGCUCACCGAAGAGCUCCUGUCAGGGCUUGCACUGGUGGUCUUUACCGAGACGAGCCAGUCAGAGCUACUCAGGCGUGAGGGGAGUUGUGGGUUUGGGCUUAGGAUGCUUGGGCUUCUAG